AUGUGGAUCUCAAUCUCUCCAGCCAGCCAAAUUCGCCAGGGCUUGGUCCUUCUAUUCUUAUCGUUCUUUUGCGUCAACCUCACAGUGCAGCAACGAGAUCCCAUAUCGAAUUUCUGUCGAAGAUGGGGUCAUCAGAGUGCUGUGGUUGACGACAAACUUUACAUUGGUGGAGGGUUGGUUACCUAUGAUGGUAGUUCUGGAACACCACAAAACUUCUCCAACCCCUACUUUAUUUAUCAUGAUCUCAGCAACGUAGCCAGUUCAGGCAUGCCCCAACCAUACGCGAACCUGAGCAAGAACUCCACGGUUCCCGAUGUUAGUGGCGGAAUCUUUUGGCCUGAUACUAUCAACAAGAAGAUUUAUCUCUUUGGCGGCGAAUUCAAUGGUGUGACCCCUUGGGACUUCGACCUUUAUGCUUACGAUAUCAUAAAUGAUGAGUGGGACAACAUGGGGGUCUCUAGAACAGACGACGUUGUCGGGCUCAGCUAUGGAGCUGGGUUGUCCAUUCCGGAUCGGGGAGAGGCCUACUACUAUGGCGGAUGGAUGAACAAUGCGACCGACGCGGAUUGGGGUGACGCUCCCCAGAUACCAACAUCAUACCUCCUGCGGUAUGAGAUGGACACGAACAGUUGGUCCAAUGACACAGGACCUGACGAUAUUGGCCGCGCCGAGGGUGUGAUGGUUCACAUCCCUGCCGGAGAUGGUGGUAUGCUUGUUUACUUUGGCGGAAUCAGAGCCGCCGAAGAUGGUGGUUGGGAAGGUCAACCAAUGGAUCAGAUUAUUCUGUAUGACGUUCUGAGCGGUAAAAGUUAUUUCCAAAAUGCAACGGGUGAUAUUCCAGAAUCACGUCGACGAUUUUGCGCUGGCGCUACGUGGACCAAGGACCAGUCUUCUUACAAUAUCUACUUAUAUGGGGGAGCUGGUGAAGAGCUGGGAAGUUCUGGAUUUGAUGACAUUUAUAUCCUGACGCUCCCUACCUUCACGUGGAUCAAGAUGUAUCCCGAAGGAAACGGAACUGGGGAUUACCCUCAUCACAGCUUUACCUGCAACGUUGUGAACGAGGCACAGAUGUUGAUUCAUGGUGGUUUCUUCCCCCUGACAAAUGACUGCGAUGUUCCAGACCAAUGGGGUUUACACGACAUGUCCCUGGGGCGACAAAACAAGGACAAGUCGCCCUGGAUGCUUUACGAUCCCGAAUUGACCAAAUAUGCCGUCCCCACUGACAUUAUUUCAGUUGUGGGAGGAAAUCCUAGCGGCGGAGCGACCAAGACAGCACCAGCCGGUGGCUUCGACCACCAAGAUCUGAAAGCCCUCAUGACGCGGACGGCAUCGGCUGGAUCAAGGACUGCAACCCGAGAUGUAUCUGGCCCUACUGAGACUGGAGAUCAUGAAAGUGGAGCGACGUUAUCAACUGGUGCGAUUGCAGGUAUCGCAGCUGGCGGAGCUGUAGCUCUUAUUGUCGUGCUCGUGACAUGUUUCUGCCUCAUCCGAAAGCAUCGACGUCGGCGAGAACGUGUUGGAUCACAGCAGCCGAUGACUCAAUCCUACGACUACCAUCAUCCCCAGCAUCCAUCUUUCGCCUCGAACCAACCGUCCCCUAGCCCUUGGAGUCCACAGUCAUCGAACUUCACCCCUUCAAGCCCUGUGGGCUAUGCGGGCCCGCAAGUUGCCCAGUCACACUCAGGACCGCCAGUGGAACUGCCAUCUGGGCAUCCCGAAGACUCGUCUUACGUUUCACCACGUACAGAGCCAGUUUCGGCGGUUGAACCCAAAUAUGAUGCAAAUGGAAAUCUAUGGGUUCCCCAGGUGAGCAUGAUGCAGAUCCCGGACCAAGGCCAUUCCCCCGGAAGUCCUCCAUACUACGACGGCACGAUGGUUUCUAACUCAUCGAAGAAUGGACCAGAGUAUUUUCCACCCGGUGCACCGCAGGAACUUGCGGCAGAACGUCGCACUUCGUACGUACCUGGACAACCAGUCCACCAGACGUAUUACCAUCCAUGA